CUCACGUUUGUGGCCGAGGCGUAGGUAAGCCUUGCCAACCGACUGGUAAUUCCAGUCAGCCGGUUUAUAAGCGGCCGCGGUGAACAGCCACUUCAAGGUCCCCACCUCUUUGUUUUCAUUCUCGCUCCUCAGCGUGUCUCGGCGCGUUCAGAUAACGAUCUCCCUCGCCCCAGAGCAGGUGUUCUUCGCGCUCCCUCCUGGCAUCACACUCCGCGCCGAAACGGCUCAGGGAGUGGGCAUCGGGGCGGCAGCUGGGCAGCUUCCUAGAGCCGGCAGGUGCGGCAGGUGCAGCGACGGACCCCGGGCGGUGGCAUGAAGAAAAAUGGCGUCGACAACCUGGCUUUCGAGCCGCCCAGCCCGGGGCAGCGAAGAGCAGCCCCCGGCCUCGGUGGGUCCCAGUCCCAGGGGUCUUUGGGAUCCGCCCCGAGUUUGGAGAGCGAGGAGGAAGAGGCGUGUGGCUGGGGCCCGUGCGAGCCCCGCGUCCUCCAGAUCUGCAACAACGCCGAAGGCUACCUGGUCUUCUACAGCCUCCUCUCCGUCUUCCAAGGCAUUAUUGUAAAUGGAUUAAUCAACAUAAGCAUCUCCACUAUUGAAAAGCGUUAUGCACUGAACAGUUCCCUCACUGGUUUAAUCUCUGCCAGCUAUGACAUUGCUUUCUGUGUGUUGUGCCUUUUUAUAUCUUUCUAUGGUGAAAGAGGACAUAAACCAAGAUGGCUGGCCUUUGCGUCUUUCCUGAUAGGGUUAGGAUCGCUUGUAUUCUCCUUGCCGCACUUUACAAGUGGAAAGUAUAAAUAUGGAGAAAAAUUGGAUGACACCUGCCCAGUAUCUAAUCGCCAGUUUUAUAAUGCCACCUGCUCUCCUGACUCAAAGUCUUCACUCUCCAACUACCUCUAUGUCUUUAUCCUGGGACAGCUGAUAUUGGGAGCAGGUGGUACCCCUCUUUACACUCUGGGAACAGCAUUCAUUGAUGAUAGUGUCCCCAAACACAAAUCUUCAGUCUAUAUAGGAAUUGGCUAUUCCAUGUCCUUGCUGGGUCCUGCUAUUGGCUAUGUGGUAGGAGGGCAGUUGCUUAAGAUCUAUGUUGAUUUCAAUCAGCAAGUAAGAACAGACAUCACUCCAAAUGAUCCACGUUGGGUUGGAGCUUGGUGGGUAGCAUUUGUUGCAUGCAGUUUCUGUACAUGGCUUUUGGUAGCACCGUUUUCAUAUUUCCCAAGGCAUUUGCCAGGUUCACAAAAAAUACAAGCGGAAAAGAUUUCAGAAGCACACAGUGCUGGACAAGGACAAAAGAAUAUCGGGGGAAGUGUGACAGACUUUUCAGGGACCCUCUUGAGUCUGCUGAGGAACCCUGUGUUGAUGUGUCUGGUGAUAGCUGCUGCAUUAGAAGCUUUAGUUGCCACUGGCUUUGCAACAUUCUUACCCAAAUUUAUUGAAAAUCAGUUUGGUUUUUCAUCUAGUUAUUCAGCCACUUUAGCAGGAGUUGUCCUUAUCCCAGGAGCAGCUCUUGGCCAAAUCCUAAGUGGCAUAUUGGUUUCCAAGCUGAAACUGCGUUGUAAAAGCAUAAUCAAAUUCAUUGCCAUUACAUGUUCAAUAGCGCUGGUAUUAAAUUCAGUGUUUUUGUUUGCCAAAUGCGGAAAUGAACCUUUUGCUGGUGUAUCUGAAACCUAUAAUGGAACAAGCACAUUUUCAAACUUAACUGCACCAUGUAAUGAGAAUUGCCACUGCUUACGUUCAGUUUAUUUACCAGUUUGUGGCACAGAUCAAAUCCAGUAUUUUUCUCCAUGUUAUGCAGGAUGCAGCUCUGUUCACGAUGGAAAGGUAUACAGCAAUUGUUCCUGUGUUGUGAAUCCUAAAAACACAAUUGGCAAUAUUACCAAUGGGGCCGUUGCUGGGAAGUGUCCAUCCAGGUGUACAGUCUUGCCUGCAUUUCUUUCCAUCUUCUUUCUUACUAUUAUUUUUACAUUUCUGGCAGUUACACCAACAACUGUGGCCAUUCUCAGAUGUGUACCAGAUAUGCAUCGAUCAUUUGCUAUGGGUGUUCAUAUGUUGUUUCUACGAAUUGUAGGCACUAUACCUGGACCAAUCAUAUUUGGUGUUGCAAUAGACCAUAGCUGUACUUUGUGGUCUGUAGAUGAAUGUGGAAAGCAUGGGGCCUGUUGGGUUUACAACAACCAUCUAAUGGCGUAUACAUUAUUGGGUAUAAGUGCAACUAGCAAAGCGAUUUCCAUUACCUUCAUCCUUAUAGCCUUUUUUUUGUAUAAGCCUCCACCAGUUCAAACUUGUUCUUCACAGAAGAAUACUGAAAUAGAGACUAGUGUACAAUUGUAGCAUAAUGAAUACCUACAGCUCUCAUAGAAACUCAUAGAAGAAUUGAAGACUGAAGAGACAGCAUUGCAGCUAGACUUGCAGAGCUUGAAUAAUACAAUGACUGGAGCAGAUCUGGAUCUAUCUUCUCCUGUUUUUUAAAUAUGACUUAUAAAGUUUACUUCAAUGAUUUGAAACAGCAAUUUUUUUCAGACAGAAUAACAUGGAAUAUUCUAGAACAAGAAAUAGCACUUUAAAGACCUUUCUGAUAAAAAAAAAUCUAGCACCAGCAACUCAGUUCAUUCCAGUGCCUUGAGUUACUGAGCAGUUCCAGUAGAAUUUACUGUAGGAGCAUAUGGACCACCAGUUAACACUUGCCAUUGCUGGGAUUGCACGGAGGUGCUUCUUCCAUGAAAUGACAGAUCAACAUGAACCUGUCUGAACAACUGGUACAGAUGUACAAAUCAUGGCAGCUGCAUGUGGACGGUCUGGAUCACAGGUGUCCUUCUGCUAUGCCUUUGGGUUUUAAAGUGACCCAUAAGAUCCUAUUUAUAAUCUCAUAGCAGGUUGGAGGGCACUGGGCAUCGAAGUGGGAAAGUGCAGUAGACUCAUGUUAAUUUUUUGUGGUUUAAUAUUCUCACAAUAUUUCCACAAAACAAAAUAUGCACAUUUGCAACAAUAGUUUUGGCUAAUAAAGCACAAACUCAGAGUACUUUAAAUAUGUUAAUAUGUGUGCUUUUUGAGGUAUGAAUAUGGUUUGAUGUUUUCAUACCUUUAUGGGUUUACUUUAUAAACUUUCUUAGACUAUCCAUACCCUCACCCACCUCUCCCUGAUUUUGAACCAGCUGACCUCUUUUGGUUAUUUACAGACUUCGCAAAUUUCAGUAUUUUGAUCUAGUAGAAAUGGAGUAUAAUUAUACUAUUGUUUGGCUGGUGUAUUGGGCUUUACAUAUGAAAACCACUUGAUGAAAAUCAUUAAUAUUUUUGAAUGCUGUAUUUAUCCUUGGUUCACAUGUGGUCAACUGCUCUAGCAGAUUUUCUGUUGUAUUACAGAAUGUAUGAUUUUAAAAAACUUGGUCACCAGAGUGGAUAUCUCUGUAGUAAUAACCUUUUUGUCAGUGACCUGGAAAAAUAUCUGUUGCCUCCUUAGCUGUGAUUGCAAGCAGUAGUUGUAAACAGACUUGUAUUACUCAGGGGUUUUUUCAUUGUUUAUACCUGAAAACUGGAUAUGUAUCAGUGUCCCUGGUUAUUAUUACAUUUCUUGCAGCAAGCCUCCAAAUUUGGUGAAUGCUACCAAUUCCAGAUAAAUUUUGUGAAUGUCUAAUGUGUCAGAGAUAUACCUAUGAACACUUAUAGCUGUGUUUAUGUGACUGAUAAUAUUCACUGGCGUAUGAUCCCUAACUGAGAUAAUUUGUUACAAAUGUCCAUUCAUUUGGAAUUUUUGGCAUCCUGUCUCAGUAGCUUGUAUUCCAUGGUAGAAACAAACAUAUAUGUUUCCAUGUAACAGAUAUGUUUCUAUAUGCAUUCCAUCAUGUUCAACUAAUACAGGAGGUGUCAGAUUUUCACUGAUUCGUCUCCUACUGCAAACCCUCUCUUUACCCCUCAUGCUGUUCCUGAUGUGCCCUGUUCCACAGGAGCAGCAUUUCAGAGAGCAUUAUGGGCUACAACAGGAAAGGGAAGGUGAACAAGUCCCAUUCCGCUAAUGGAAAUGCCUUGUUCAAGUUUAAAAUGCAAUCCAAAUUGGUGUCAGCUGUCACCUGACUUUAGACAUUCUAUGGGGUAUAACAAUGAUUAGCACUACUAAGCAGACAUGCAGCCUUAAAAUUAAUGUUCUUAUAACAAUUUUUAUAACUAGGAGUUUUCCCUGUUUGCAGCUCUCUCCCCUUCACUAUUGCAGUUCUACCAUUUUAUAAUUUGGGCUGCAGGUUGUGGAACAGAGAGAAAAGUACAACAACAAUGCUCCAUAACUUUGCUUUCUGGCUUUCACAAGAGUGUUUCAAACUGAUCUGUGAGGCCAUUAGCCACAGAAGGGAACUGAGGGAACGCACCUUAAACUGCUCAUCAGAAGGAUCUCUGCCAUCUUAACACAAUACUUUCCUGCUGUUUCUGUGUAGACCUCUUUAGUUUUGCAGCUGUGUGUCAACAUUUUGAUUACUCAACAGCAAAUCGUCUUUUGGGUAAAUUUACUAAACGUGUCUUAGGCGUGCAAAGUCAUCCAGAGUGUAAGAAACCACUGACCUUUAUAUUCUCCGUUUUCAUUUUAUAUCCAAUUUUAUAGCACAGACUUAACCUACAGAUAACUAGAAAAUUUCAGAAAUGUUUUUGCUGUUUCUUCAUAAAUGUAAAUGAUUGUUCUUUAGAACAAGUUAUUACAUCUGCAAUUCUAUUAGACCCAAAGACUGACCAUAAUCCAGAAAACCCAUUUAUGGGUAUUGGAGGCAUUGCACAUGUACAUCAUAGGGUCUGGUGACUUUUUCUGAAGGAAAGUCUCUUGCAGUGUUUCUCAGAUCCUGCCCCUCCCCACCCCCCUCUGGCUGCCACAGCUUGUGAAGAAUAAUUUACUUUUCUGUGCCUCAGUACCUUUCAUGAAUCUGGCACAUAGAGUUUUCCAAAUAACAGCUAGUUGACUGGAUUCUUGUGCCUGAUUGUGCCCAGUUCUCCCUAGAAAUCAAUGGACUGAACAAUUCGUAAGAGUUUGUAUGCAUGAUAUAAAGCAAUAAUCUUCAAAUGUAUCCUAAAGGACAGUGUCAAAAGAUUCCAGUGCAAACCACAAAUUUCCCACCAAGUGUGCCUGGGCACUGCAUGGUCAUUGUUUUUGUCCAUUGCAAGUAACCUAUAUGCCUGAAAUUGCUACUGAGAUUCCAUUUUUGUUUGUUUGUUUGUUUUGCAUUAUUUGUUGCAUGAAUGAAUGUAUUUUUAAAACCAUAAUAUAUAACUCUAUGCACAUACCCCAAACAGGAUGCAUUCUUGUUGCCUCUGUUCAUUGUUGAACAAUAUUUUUAAUGAAAGCAAGUAUUUAUUUUAGACAGUUAUCACAAUCUGUAAAUGAUUGAGAAGUUGUAUUUUAGUAAGAGUCUAUUUAAUUACUUGAAUUAAAGCCUUUACUCCAAAAAAUCUAGCAUUCAUUU